ACGGCCCAAAUAUAAAAACGGAAAGAAAAAAAGUAACGGAUAAGAAGGGAAAAGAAAACAGAGUGCGAGAGACGGUGAAAACGGGGGCGUGUAUAAAACCGGUGGAAAAGGAAAGCCCCAAAGUCUCUCCGAGUUUUUGUGUAGAAAGAUCAGGGGGUCGAAGAUCGUAUUGUUGGUAGCGGAGCUUUGGGAGGCGGCUCCGGAUCUUCUUCAAACCCGUUUCCCUCUGCUACCGCUAUUUCAGUCCGAUCUCAGCUUUGCAGGUCCUGGGUUGUGAGAAGUGAAUUUUAGACUGUAAUCAAUUCAAUUUCAUCAUGGCCUCCAAACGCAUCUUGAAAGAGCUUAAGGAUUUGCAGAAAGAUCCUCCAACUUCUUGCAGCGCCGGUCCUGUGGCUGAGGACAUGUUUCACUGGCAAGCUACGAUUAUGGGACCCCCUGAUAGCCCAUAUGCAGGAGGUGUAUUCCUAGUCACCAUUCAUUUUCCUCCUGAUUAUCCUUUCAAGCCCCCUAAGGUUGCAUUUAGGACUAAGGUCUUCCACCCAAAUAUCAACAGCAAUGGAAGCAUUUGUCUUGAUAUCCUUAAAGAACAAUGGAGCCCAGCACUAACUAUCUCUAAGGUAUUGCUCUCAAUUUGCUCACUGUUGACUGACCCUAAUCCUGAUGACCCUCUUGUGCCGGAGAUUGCCCACAUGUAUAAAACCGAUCGAGCCAAGUAUGAAUCCACUGCACGUAGCUGGACUCAGAAGUAUGCAAUGGGAUGAAGAUGUUUUUCCAGAUUUAGAGUUUGUAUUUUGGGGGUCUUUUGGGGGGGAGGGGGAAGAAGGGGAGGGACAGGUUGGGGGAUGGCUUAAUUUGGGAAGAAUAAAUCUUUGUUCUUCUCCUGUUUAGUUAUAUCACAAAAAUGAAAAGGUUUGAACGGGAUGUAAUUCUGGUUUUACCAGGACCUUAAUUAUUGUUUGGUGUUGUUCCUUCCAGCUUUCUAGACAGACUUUUCAAUGUAGUUUUUGAAGUGUAAUUCUAUCAACUGAGGAAUCGGUGUUGUUUUUGUUUCUGCCAUUUCUUAUUGUAUCUGAAAAGAUUAAGAAAUAUAGAUUCCGAUGAACUGUUUGGUUUGUUGUUCCCUCUUCAUCAAUAAAUUGAUAUUGUAAUACAACCAUCAUUUAUUAAUUAAAUUUGCCGUUUGCUUCA